GCAAUUGAUAUUCUUUAACAUUCAUGCUACAGUACUGUUUAGAUUUCAAAAACAUUUUUUUUAUUUUAUGAUCCUGUUGUAAUGAAAAUGAAUUGCAUCUUUCUACAUAAACAGAACAUGGAAUCCAAUUAAGAUCAAUGAUAUAAUGACAAGAUUGGGGAGGAGAGGGAUCUAAACGAGGCUAAUCCAAUAGAGCAACAUCGUAACAUCUUUGUUUACUUGGAAGUUCUCGUAAACUUCUCCUACGAUGGAUUAUUUGAUUAAAGUAUUGAUUAGUAUCGAUUGACUGGACUAAUUUGUGGUAACUACAUGCCAAAAGGAUUCUAAUGAUUUAACAAUGUAGUGCAGAGGAACACAAGCUACCAAAAGCAUCCCGACACGGGAGUUCUUUUUUACCCCCAAAGAAUCCUAAACUUCAUCGUUUUUGUUUUAACAUCAUUAACUUAUUUACAUGAAGAGAGGAGAAGGAAGCAGGGGAGCUUCAUUGGUGGGCUCUUCUUGUUUUUGUAGAAUACAUGCAGGAAGACAGAAGCCAUCACACCAAAUACACCACCCUCUUCCUCUUUCUUAACGCAUGGCAAUUGGGGUCAUCUCAAGGUGAUUUUCUUCUUUCUCAUGGCCUCUUCCUUGCACAGUUUGAAAGUAACUUGUGCUGUCCAAAUAAUCCAUGGUUUAUUUUUCACUUUCUCUGCUUCUUUUCAGUUUUCAAGUGUUUCAUUCUAUAUUUUUUCUUCUUCUAUAUAAGAUGAUGUUUGUAUCUUGUACCGCUGCAAAUUCUGAAAAAUAUUAUAUUCUGGAGGUUUAGUACUUGUUGAGAUGGUUUUAUUGCUAUAACGUAGCUUGCCCUAAUUGCCUUGUGUUUCUAGAUAUCCUUCACUAUCUGCUAACCGGAGAGAAGGUGACAAAGUGAAGGCUGAAGAGUAGACCUCUCGUUUGAGGAUCAUGAAAUUCUAUAGUACUGUCCAGCCCUUUAAUAGAAGGAAAGGGGCGAUGUUGCAAACCCAUCCUUCGUCUGAGUCAGUAGGCUUAUAUUCUUUAAAUAAAAAUCUCCAAUAUUCUGCUGUCCUGCCUGAUUGCGUACAACCAAAACCACCCAAUUCCGUCCCACAGCCAUCCUUGUUCCUAACACGGAAAUUAAACGCGAGCCCUAUCUUGAAUGGUGCUGUUUCUUAUGGCUCCAUUGGUCAACCUCGCAAAGGCACCAUGUUCUCCGCCAGUUUACAACCAUCACCUUUGACAAUUGCUGAGAGUGAUCUCCAGCUUCCCACCUCACCUUUCCUUCAACGUCCUCAACCUCUCGAUUAUAUCACUCCCCCUUCAGACUCUUUAUUUCUUGGAGGACAAGAUCUAAUCACUGAGCCUGAAAAAGAAAAUUUGAUGGGUGUCCUGGACGAGUGCUCUGGUGGGAGCUUUACAGGUUCGCACUGCACUAAGGAGAGUUUGACAUCCACUGAGAAGCUUGUACUUCAAUAUUUAUCCAAGGAGCUUGAAAUUCCCGUCGAUGACGUCUCCCAAAAUUCCACCCUCAAUGAAGCACAGCGAGUUUCAUCGAUCCCUAUCACUGAGUUGAAUCAUUAUGCAAACCAUCGUUCAUCAGCUGCACAAAUGGAUGACAGCGUUAACCGACUUCCUGAAGCUGCAACUCCACAAAAGCAAAGAAUAAGAUGGACGACUGAGCUUCAUGACCUUUUUGUAGAUGCAGUUAAAUCCCUCGGAGGUCCUGAUGUUGCAACUCCAAAAAGUAUAUUGGGUAUUAUGAAUGUUAAGGGCUUAAGUAUCUAUCAUGUCAAGAGCCAUUUGCAGAAAUACCGCCUUGCUAAAAAAUUUCCGGAGACAAAUCAUGACAAAAGCACUUCCGCCGUGGUAGAGAAUAAAGCAGCUUCAUCGAACAGUGACAAUGAUGCACUUGUCAUUGAGUCCAAUAGAGACGUGCAAGUAACAGAGGCUUUGCGCACACAAAUUGAAAUUCAAAAGCUGCUGCAUGAGCAGCUUAAGGCACAGAAAGAGCUUCAGAUACGCAUUGAGCAGAAUGAAAAGUUCUUGAGGGAGUUAAUGGAACAGAAAGCGAUUUCGAUCCAUGAGCCAUCAUCAUUUGCUGUCCCUGUCUCAGAACCCAAACUGCUGCCUCACUCUCCAUCUGCUGAUGUUUCCUCACCAGGGCAAGCUGCAGUGAAUAGUGAUUGCUUCUUAUUCCAACCAUCAAAUCACAAAGCCUCUGACGCUGUGGUAUCUGAGAAGGCAAAAUGUCCUAAACGGGAUCGAGGACAAAAGGAACAUCCGAUCCUACUCUAAACUAGUUGACAAUUGCAGAAAAUGAAAGUUCAUUGGAAGCCAUGAUUCUGAGCAUUUGAUGACUGAAAAGCCUUCUGUAUGAUUGCCGCACUCAAGUUCUUGUGUGUAAUGCGCGCCACUUGCAAUUAUAAGAAUAAUACCAUCGUGCGCAAAUUCCAUCGCAAUAUGAGAACUAAAAAUGUUUAGGUUUGCAUCUUCAAAGAAGCUGAGGAGUGUUAGCUGAGAUUUCAAGGAGAGAAAAUCUGCCAAAUUUAUGCAGCAAAAGUUCAAUGUUUCUAGCUCAACUGUUGGUUUGACGCUUCAAUUCCGUGUUGAGCACAUCUAAUUCAAUUCACGAUGGACAAGCAGUAGGUACAACUCUCUCAGUUUAAAAAGCAACAACGGAAUAAUAACCAUCAGGUUACCUUUUAAUUUUACAUCUCCU